UCUCCAUCCGGGUGCUGCGGCUCACAUAAGAGCCUGACUGCGCCUGCGCGCCCAGCUCCACUCCUUCGACCUCUGCCGCCGCCGCCGCCGCCGCCGCCUCGCGGAAAGAGAGGAAGCAGGAGAGGAGCCCACGUCGCCUGUCACCUACAUCCUCCUGCCGCGCCCCUCGGAAGACUAAAAUGUUCGCCUGCGCCAAGCUCGCCUACACCCCCGCUCUGAUCCGAGCUGGAUCCAGAGUAGCAUACAGACCAAUUUCUGCAGCAGUGUUACCUCGACCAGAGGCUAGGACUGGAGAGGGCUCUACAGUAUUUAAUGGGGCCCAGAAUGGUGUGUGUCAGCUAAUCCGAAGGGAGUUUCAGACCAGUGCAAUCAGCAGAGACAUUGAUACUGCUGCCAAAUUUAUUGGUGCAGGUGCUGCAACAGUAGGCGUGGCUGGUUCUGGUGCUGGUAUUGGAACAGUCUUUGGCAGCCUUAUCAUUGGUUAUGCCAGGUAAUCAUUUCUAUCUCUG